AUGGUUCGCUAUCGGACGGAUGAUCCGAGACGAACACGACAUUCGAAUUGUUAUUAUUUAUUUGUUGUUGCUUGUUGUACAUGUUCAUUGAAACUGGAUAUUCUUGUUCACCCUCAUCCUCAUUUAAGUGAUAACAGUGUUACUGCAGCUGCUGCUUUAAUGAUGAUGUCCCCAAUGGCUCAUGGUUGCGGGUUAAAUUCACAUAGUCCGGCUUCUGGUACGACGAUAUCCACUACAUCUUCCUCAUUAACAACAACAAAUAACAGUACGAAUGGUGGUGUUUUGAUUGCUCCGUCAUCGGAUGCAUGCAUGGGUAUUGUUCAUUCAUUGAUGUGUCAUCGACAAGGUGGAGAAUCGGAAACAUUUGCUAAACGAGCGAUUGAAAGUCUUGUGAAAAAAUUAAAAGAUAAAAAAGAUGAAUUAGAUGCACUCGUAACAGCAGUAACAACAAGCGGUGCUCACCCAACAAAAUGUGUGACCAUCCAACGAACACUCGAUGGAAGAUUACAAGUAGCCGGACGAAAAGGUUUUCCUCAUGUAAUUUAUGCUCGUAUUUGGCGCUGGCCUGAUUUACACAAAAAUGAAUUGAAGCAUCGAAAAUUUUGCCAACUAGCAUUCGAUUUAAAACAAGAAUAUGUUUGUGUUAAUCCUUAUCAUUACGACAGAGUCGUAUCGCCCGGAAUUGAUCUUGCUGGUCUACCACUCGUACCGCGGUUUCAGUUAUCUGGUCAUGGUCCCUCUCAUAAUGAUCCGUCUUCAUCAAAUGAUCGAGAUCAUUAUUCAAAUCAAGAUAGUUUUCGUUACAUAAAAGAUUUUGUAGAUGAGCAGAGUUCUCCCCAACCUCACAGUGUUGUUCAACAUCAACCAUCGGAUACAACGAGUCCAAGCCCACCACAUCAAUUUAAUGGAUCUAAUAUUCAACAUUCAUUUCCACCAUCUCCUCUAUUACAAGUAACAUCUGGCGGACCUGUUCCAUCUUGGUCAUCUACAACGUCUUCAAUGAAUGUAGCAGCAGUGGCUGCUGGUGCGGCAAAUAAUUUAUGGCAACAGCAACAGUGUCAUCAUCCAUCUUUAUCUGAUUUAGUUCCAAAUGCUUUAUCUCGUCCACCACCGCCGUCAAAUUUAACAUUGUUAAAUAGUUUGGGUGAAUAUUGGUGUAGUAUAUCGUAUUAUGAACGUGAUAUUCAAGUAGGCGAAACAUUUAAAGUACCAGAUAAUUUUAAAGAAGUAACAGUUGAUGGAGGCAUGGAUAUGACGACAAUCGGCGACCGAAUGUGUCUUGGACCGUUAUCAAAUGUACAUCGAACAGAUGCAAGUGAAAAAGCACGAUUGCAUAUAGGAAAGGGUAUUCGCUUAGAUUGUCGAAGUGAAGGGGACGUUUGGAUUCGUUGUAACAGUGAACAAGCCGUAUUUUUACAAAGUUUCUAUUUGGAUCGCGAAGCUGGACGAGCACCUGGAGAUGCUGUUCAUAAAAUAUAUCCUCAAGCAUACAUUAAGGUAUUUGAUCUUCGUCAGUGUCAUACGCAAAUGCAACAACAAGUACAGAUGGCAUUAGCAGAUAGAAAUGCAAUGCCUGGUAGAAUUCCAUCACAAAUUCCAGCACCAAACAUUGGAGUUGAUGACUUACGUCGUUUAUGUGUACUUCGACUUAGUUUUGUCAAAGGCUGGGGUCCAGAUUAUCCUCGUCAGGCAAUAAAAGAAACUCCCUGUUGGAUUGAAAUUCAAAUACAUCGUGCGUUACAAUUGUUAGAUGAUAUGUUAAAUUCAAUGAAUGUCACAUUAAAUCACAGUCUUGCCGCGGCAGCAGCUGGAAAUGGUCCAGCUUCUUCUUCAGCAACGAUACAAGAUCAACAUUAUUCAAUGGAUUCGUGA